AUGCAAGAAAAGUGGCGUAAGAAGCGUAUGCGCCGUCUUAAGCGCCUGAGGAGAGCCGCAAAGAAGUAGACAAGCUGAUUAAUCUCCAAGACGUUCAAUUUUGCUGUUAAUCUGCGAUUUCGGGCACCAUCUCUUCAGCAAUCUUUUGACAAAUGAACGAGGAAAUCGACUGAGUAAGAGAAAAGAAGGAAAUCUUCCCAGGACAGUUCGCACCAUCUGUUUCACAUCGAUUUAUCAAAGAGCUUGAAACAUCUGGUCGUCUUCUUCGAAACUACACUCAAAAUAUCGAUACAUUGGAUCAGACUGUAGCAUCAGACUGUAAUUAAAAGAGUUGUAGAAUGUCAUGGAUCCUUUUCAAAAUGUACAUGUACACGCUGUGGACAACGAUAUGAUGGGAAUGAGAUUCGUGAGGAAGUUCUUGAUAUGCGUGUUGCCCAUUGCAAAGUUGUCAAGGAGUCAUCAAACCGAAUAUUGUAUUCUUUGGAGAGGAUCUCGGAAGAGAAUUUCAUCAACAUGUUACAGAAGACAAGCAUAAAGUAGAUCUUAUUGUAGUGAUUGGAUCUUCUCUAGAAGUUCCACCAGUUGCAUUAAUUCCUCAUUGUGUUGAUAAGAAUGUUCCACGAAUUCUAAUCAACAGAGAAUCCCUCCAACAUUAUAAUGCGGAUAUUGAAUUGCUCGGAAAUUGUGAUGGCACCAUCAGAGAUAUCUGUUUCAGUCUUGGAGGCUCCUUCACUGAACUGAUUACAUCUUAUGAUUCAAUUAUGGAACAACAAGGAAAAUCGAAAUCACAAAAGCCUUCACAAAACAAACGACAGCUUAUUUCACAGGAAAACUUUUUGAAUAUAUGUAUGAAAGAGAAGAGUAAUGAUGAUUCGAGUGAUGAGCCAACAUUGAAGAAACCGAGAAUGUCGGUCGUUGACGAUUUGAUGGAUUCCGAGAAGAAUGAUUUCCAGGAAAUACAAAAGCAUAAGUCAGAAGAUGACGAUGAUGCACGGAAUUCGGACGCUAUCCUAAAGAAAAUAAAGCAUCCAAGGCUGCUGAGCAUUACUGAGAUGCUCCAUGACAAUAAGUGUGUUGCGAUUUCUGCUCAUCAAACUGUCUUUCCUGGGACUGAAUGCUCAUUUGAUCUAGAAACGUUGAAACUAGCUCGUGAUGUUCAUCACGAGAAACAUUGCGAAAGCUCGUGUGGUUCGUAUUGAUCAUCAAAUGCCGAUUCAGAAGCAAAUCAAUUGUCUAGAGCACAAUCGCUAGAUGACUUUGUACUAUCCGACGAGGAUCGAAAAACACGAUACAUCUGGACUUGCAACGAGCCGAUUCAUGUGAUGGAGAUUUUCAGUAUGAACUAUCUGAAACGAUUGAUCCUGGAACAUUCUCGCAUUUGUGUGAAGAAAUGCGUAUUUGAAACU